GCAGUCAGAGUUGGAGUUGCUCCCAUCUGGCUGAGUACCAAAGGCCAGCUGGAACAUAGGAGGAAGUCACAGAAUGAGCACAUCAUCAUCAUAUGUAUAAGAUACAAACUUCCUGCUGCCAACAGCCCAUUUGCACCAUUGAAUGUUGUAUAUUUGUAUGUUUUUAAAGUAUGUGUAGUGUAUAUACUGCUCGUGCUUCUAAGGUUAGUGAAAACUAAUCUAAAUCUUUUUAUCCUGUUGCUGUAUGGGUAAAGAUGAUUGAGCUGGGCCUCGCUGACGGCAGCCUGAUCGACGAGCUGAUGGAGCUGACAGCGCAGAGCCUCGGUCAGCUGGAGAUCAAGGAGCACUUCAACAUCAUCAAAGAGAUCGGCCGAGGGAAAUACGGCAAAGUGCUGCUGGUGACACAUCGAUUCAGGGGGACUCCCAUGGCCUUGAAAGUGAUGCCCAAAGCCUCGACUAAGCUGCAGGGCUUUUUACGGGAGUACUGCAUCUCCUUACACCUGUCCCACCACCCCUGCAUCGUGGGCCUCUUUGGCAUUGCCUUCCAGUCUAAUGAGCACUACUGCUUUGCCCAGGAGCUGGUCAUUGGAAGGGACCUGUUUGCUGUCAUCCAGCCAAAGGUGGGUAUCCCAGAAUCUGCAGUGAAACGCUGUGUCCUCCAGAUUGCCAGUGCUUUGGAGUUUAUCCACAGCCAUGGCCUGGUCCACCGUGAUGUCAAGCCUGAAAACAUCCUGUUGCUGGACAGUCACUGCUGCCAGGUCAAGCUGGCAGACUUCGGCCUGGCCCAGAAGAGAGGCACUCUGAUCCGCUUCAUCACAGGAACGCUGCCCUACAUGUCCCCGGAGCUUUGUACCGUGGCCCUGCUGGACGGCCAGAAAGAAGUGACGGCUCCUCCGCUUAGUGUGGAGCCGAGCCUGGACACCUGGGCCUUCGGGGUAGUUAUCUUCUGCAUCCUCACGGGCUACUUCCCUUGGGAGUGCUGCAUGAACUCGGACGACUUCUACCAGGAGUUUGCAGACUGGUGCAGAAUGGAGGGGAGGCCUUACACUGAGGAGGACAUUCCUCCUUUGUGGAAAAGAUUCACUCCAGAAGCCAUGGAGAUGUUUGGCAAGCUCCUGGCUCUGGAUGCAGGAAAGAGGUGUACCGUAGGGGAAGUGAGAGCGUAUAUGGAGAGGGACUGGCUUAAGAGGGAACAUGGGACUGAGCGGCAGCAGACAGCAGAAAAAGAAAAAGUCAGUGGCUCUGGGACUAAUCCUGGGCAUGUCGAGGUAGGGGAACAGCCUAAUACUUAGUUACAGACUGCCCUUUGAUAUAAUCUACAUCUUGUAUCUGCCUUGGCAGCAUGUCAAAUGUGCAGUAUAGACAUUAAAUCAAAGGUGCCUUGUAUCAGGCAUAUGAUUGCAGUGACGUCACAUAUGGUGUUUACAUCAUGUAUAUGGGUGGCACAUUAUUUUAAAUCUUGGGUCAAUUUUAAAAGGCCAUUUGACAGCAACGUAAACCAAAAGUCGACGGCAUAGUUGAGUGGUGGACGAACUGCUUCUUUACUUAGGUGCAGUAUGUGCGAGUUUUUGUCAAAACAUAAGAAAAAAAUAAUAAAAGGAUCAACAGAAACUGCAAAACUAACUGUUUUGAUGUUUUGUCAAAUAUUUUGCAUUUCAGAGACAUCUAUUCAAGUUAGCAUGCCGAACAGCUAGCCCUUGGCCAUAAUUUGUACAUUAACAUG